AUGCCUAGACAAGAAUCUCAAAAGAAGAAGCUGACAAGAUUCCCUAUAUCAAGGCUAAAAAGAAUAAUGCAGCUGAAUGAAGACAUAGGGAAGAUAGGUGCUUCUGUGCCUGUUGUUGCAAGCAAAGCCAUCGAGAUGUUUCUCACAGAGAUAGUAGAGCUUACACUCAAAGAAGCUAGAAAGAAGAGCUCUUCAAGGAUGUCACCCGAGUUUAUCACUAGGGCCAUAGAAUCCAGUCCGAAAUUCGAGUUUCUCAAGAAUAUGGAGCAGUUUAAGAGUAAGGAAUAA